AUGGGGUCCUCAGCCGACGGCGCCAAGCUGCCCAAUGCUCACGACGCAGACGUCGCCAGCGAAGCAGAGACGGCCAGAUUCAGCCCGGAGGAAGAAGCGGCGCUGCUCAAAGAGUCUCGCGACAUCAAGGCCGACGCCAACGCCCUCUUCACCUCUCAAGACUAUCACAACGCCAUCUCCAGAUACGGUGACGCCAUUGCCUCUUGCCCCAAGUACCUGCACUACGAACGGGCCGUGCUGCAGAGCAACAUAGCGGCUUGCCACCUCAAGUUGGAGGAGUGGAAGGAGGCCGUCAAAGUGGCCACGUCCGCUCUGGACAGUCUCAUUGAGUUUGAGAAGAACGACUCGGAGCUCUCACCCGCGAAGGAAGUCGAGGAAGGCUCAGAAUCAAAGGACAAGGAUGAAACCACCAGCGACAGCACGGCGGCAACGUCGCAGCCCAAACCGGACACCACCGACGACGAUGCCGAGGAAGAGAUCAUCAGCUCCGGCGCCCUGAAAUCAGCACCCGCGCUGCCGAAACCCCAGCCCGAGCCCGCUGACAGCCUUGAGCAGAAGAAGGCCGACGUCCUCCGCAUUCGCACCAAGGCGCUCCUCCGGCGGGCUCGCGCGCGCUCCGAAGCAGGCGGGUGGCAGAACCUCGCGGGCGCAGAGGAGGACUACCGCACGCUCUCCGGCAUGCCCGGUCUGGGGCCCGCCGACUCACGCACCGUUCGUGCGCAGCUCAAAGCGUUGCCCCCAAGGACCAAGGCCGCUCAGGAGACUGAGAUGGCCGAGAUGUGGGGAAAGCUUCGCAACCUGGGCGACGGGAUUCUCAAGCCCUUUGGCCUGAGCACCAACAACUUUCAGAUGGUCAAGGACGAGAAUACUGGAGGAUACAGUCUCAAUUUCUCACAAGGCGGGGGCUCAUCAUCAUCAUGA